CACAUAAAUAUAUAAAUACUCCUUUCUUCCUCACGUAUAGUUACUAUAGUAACCAACACAAACAUAACCUUAAACCUUUAAAAAACACUCUUCCUUUUCCGCCUAAAAAAAAAUGUCAAAAACAACGCUAUGGUGGAGUCAAGAAAAACAACAAGACGAAGAAGAAAAUGAAAACGAAAACGAAAACGACGUCGUUUUAGAGGAGACAAACACAGCAACACAGGAAGAAGAGAAAGAAGCGAUGUUCGAGAAACCGUUAACACCAAGCGACGUAGGGAAACUAAACCGACUGGUGAUACCGAAACAACACGCGGAACGUUAUUUCCCACUCGACUCAGAGGAAAUAAAAGGUUUGUUACUGAGUUUCGAGGACGAGUCAGGUAAGUGUUGGAGGUUCCGUUAUUCGUAUUGGAACAGUAGUCAGAGUUACGUUCUAACCAAAGGUUGGAGUCGUUAUGUUAAGGAUAAGCGUCUCGAUGCUGGCGACGUCGUUUUGUUUCAUAGACACCGUUUUUGUCCCAAGCGUUUUUUUAUUUCUUGGAGGCGCCGUAAUAAUAGUUUCUCUACUACACCACCGGCUCAUCUUAGCGAUGCUAAUGGGAAUAUUUCUCUUGGCUGGUCCACAGGAUUUUAUCCUGCGCAUCCUUAUCCUACGCAUCAUCAAACCGUCUCAUACCAUGCAGGUUUUUACCUCUCUUUCUUUCAUGUGGAGGGUCCCAAAGUCAGAGCCCAACCACACCUUGUGGAAAUAGUUCGAGUUCGAGUACUUUCAGGGUGCUAAGGCUGUUUGGAGUGAACGUGAAAUGCCAGCUUGAUAAUAAUAUUAAUGAUUCCGAAACUUUGACACCUGAAUGCUCUUAUAACAUGUCAUUAGCACAAGGUACAGCUACCCCACAAUUCUACCACCACCGUCAACCUUCAUAUAACUCUUCACCCAACCAUCACAUGCUACGUCAACAACCAUAUUAGAAUUAAUUAUAAGAAGACAUGCUCCCUCUCUCCUAACUAGAUUCUCUCUCUAAGCUUUAGGGUUAAGAUAUCCGUUUAUUAAUUAAUUUUAAUUAUUAUAACUAAUGACUAUGUCAUUAACAUGAUCAACUGAUGAAAGGAAACUGUUGUUUAUUAUUAUAAGGAUAUUUAGGUUCGCGUUGAAGAUUGUAGAGGAUCUUUCUUGUCUUAAAUUCAGGAGAUGCAUGUAAAUGGAAAUAGCUUGUUUAUUUCUUUCAUGAGAUUUUCUUGUUCCCUAUCAAUCAAGCAAAUAUUAAUUACUCUA